CCGUGAUCCGUUGGGCUGGAAUCAGCGGUGGCCAAGGACUUUGAGACUGACUGUUUUGUGAUGGCGUCGUCAAGGGAAAGAAGUAUAAAGAGCCCGGGCAUUCUGCGUCUCUGAAGGACUUUUCUUUUCAGUAUCACUCUCAACAACAGCUUCCAGUGACUUUCAAGAGGCAUCUCAAGAGGCAUCAGAAACUCGGCUACAAUGGCUUUGCAAUCAGCCCUCCUCAUGGGCUUGGCCGCCGUGGGAAGCGCCAGCUACAUUCCUGCAACUCCUGCUCCUGCCAACUGCAGAGUUCUUCCUGGAGAUUCAGACUGGCCUGCAACUUCUCAGUGGAAUGCGCUCAACAAGACCAUCAAUGGACGCUUGAUCGCCGCUGUUCCCCAGGCCAGUGCUUGCCACGAUGCGCCGUUCAACAACUACAACGCUACAUUCUGCGCACAGAUUCAAGCCGGAUGGAACGAGACCAAGUUGUACCACAUCGAUUCGCCCGCUGAGUUCUUGAACAUGUACUUCGAGAACUACACUUGCGACCCCUUCACUCCUCGGUCCAAGCCUUGUAGUCUGGGUAACUACGCCAGCUACAUUAUCAACGUCACUGGAGCUGCCGAUGUCCAGGCUGGUAUCACCUUUGCCAAGCAGCACAAUGUUCGCUUGAACAUCAAGAACACUGGCCAUGACUACCUUGGAAAGAGCACUGGCAAGGGUGGUUUGACCUUCUGGACUCACAACCUCAAGUCUACCCAAUACAUCCCCAAGUACAGCUCUUCCUACUACAACGGCCCUGCUCUGAAGCUUGGCGCUGGUGUUGAGGGUUUCGAGGCUUACCUUGCUGCUUACAACUCCGGAAACCAAAUCGUCGGUGGAUCUUGCCCUACAGUCGGUAUCUCUGGUGGUUACAGCCAGGGUGGUGGUCACUCUAUGCUUAUGCCUGCUUUCGGUCUUGCUGCUGAUAACGUUCUCGAGUGGGAGGUCGUCACUGCUGAUGGUAGCCACCUGAUUGCUACUCCUACCCAGAACUCUGAUCUCUACUGGGCUAUUAGCGGUGGUGGUGGCGGCACCUUUGGUGUUGUCUUGUCCAUGACUAGCCGAGUUCACAAGGACGGUAUUGUUGGCGGCGCUUCUCUCGUCUUCGACGACAGCAAGGUUGGCAACGACGUUUUCUGGGAGGCUAUCGGUGCUUUCCACACUCUUCUCCCCAACCUCGUCGACACUGGUAACGGUGCCACUUACGUCCUUACUCCUCACGAGUUCCUUACUCUGGCUUUCACCAUGCCCGGCAAGGAUCUUGACGGUGUCAACGCUCUGAUGAAGCCAUUCCUCGAUGAUCUUACCAACCGCGGCAUUGAGUACCAAUACGCUCCUCGCGUCUCUGCCAGCUACUACGAUCACGUCUCCUUCUACCUGGGACCACUGCCCGAGGGUACUUCCGACUACGCUCCCUUCACCGGUAGCCGCAUCAUGCCCCGAGAUCUCCUCCUUGACCCCAAGCAGAACCCCAUCAUCAUGAACGCCCUUCGCAAUGCUACCAUGACUGAGGGCUAUGCUCCUUUCCCCUGCCAGGCUUUCAACGUCUCUUACCAGGCUCAUCCCGACAACGCUGUUCACCCCGCUUGGCGAACUGGCCUGUCUGUCUGCUUGACUCCUGGUGACUGGGACCCUACUGCUGCUCCCGCUGCCAUGCAGGCUCGCCAGGACUACGCCGCCAACGUUCUGCAGCCCAUGAUUGAUGCCGUCACCCCUGGCGGUGGUGUCUACCUCAACGAGGCCAACUACAAGCAGCACAACUGGCAGGAGGCCUUCCACGGCUCCAACUACCCCAAGCUUCUCUCAAUCAAGAAGAAGUACGACCCCAACUCCCUUUUCUAUGCUAACACUGCUGUCGGCAGUGAGGCCUGGACUGUGGACGGCAACAACAGACUUUGCCGCGCUUAAACUUGUGACUUUGUCUAUUGAUCAUUGUUGGGAGACUCUGAGCAGAAUGAGAGGAUGAUAUGCUUGCCCUGGGAUUGGGAUAUGAGACAGGAGUGGUAUGGAUACGCUGAGGUUUAGAGGCCCCCUUGUAACCCAAACCUCUGGGUAGCACGGAUUAUGGGUCAUUGUUUUUCCUUUGCCUUCUACACUAGAAACAAUUUUCCUUGCACUUAGAUUAUCAAUGUAGUUGUGAGACAGAGGAUCAAUAAUAAUGUUGUG